AUGUUGGAAGCCUUUGAGAUUCUGACCACUUCCGGCGUGGUACUCUGGUCCAAGUCAUAUGCGCCAGUGGGGUCACAUGUUAUCAACAGUCUCAUCAACGAUGUCUUUAUCGAGGAAAAGGUAGUACCUCAGAGCGGCCCAGUGGGUGGAGCAUUUCCGGUCUACAAGAAGGAGAAGUACACUUUGAAGUGGAAGAGAAUCAAGGAAUUCAAUCUCAUAUUUGUGGCCGUCUAUCAAUCGCUACUUCAUCUUGGCUGGAUCGACAAACUUCUGGAGAACAUUUCGACCAUCUUUAUCGAUGUCUACAAAGACCAACUCAAAGGCAACCGUGCCCGCAUCUCCGUCUACAAAUUCGACGCAUACUUCGAGCAGCAAGUGCGAGAACUAGAGGAUAAUACUGGCAGCUUUACAGAUGGGCUUGCUACUGGCACAGACGACAAGAAAGAUGCGCUUGUGUCAUCUGACAACGGUGGUCCACCUCCGCCCCCUGUGCCGGGCCUCAUCAAAGCGCAGCAUCAAGCCGCGCCUUCUGGGGCGAUCUCUGAUGAGGCUACCCCACCAGGGACUCCUGACAUCUCUAGGACCUCAACUCCUGUCACGGGUCACCUUCUUGCCGGCAAGGCUGGGCCUGCGGGCCGCGUCUCUCGCCGUGCACGAAAAGCCGCCAACGCUAGCGCAAAUGCCUCCUCCGGCGAUGAAAUUUCCCGGAAAGGCGGAAAGUCUACGCCAAAGAGCUCUACAAAGAAGAUGCGGAAGUGGGACGCCGAUGGCUUCGCCGACGAAGAUGAUGGAGUCGUCUUGGAUUAUUCUGCACCCGCAGAUCAGACGAGUGCUGACGCGCCCGUCGUAGAAGCUGUUUCCCAAGACGACAUGGGCCGCCGGACUGGGAAGGGUGAAUUUGUCCUGAAAGAUUUGGGCGAUGAAGUUCACAACAUCCUGGACAAUGCCGAUGCUGAAAAGGGCAAAGACUCGGCGCUUUCGGGUGUUGUAGGCUCUGGAUUCAAUGCAAUCGGCGGGUUCUUCCGCAACAUCGUUGGCGGCAAGGUUCUGACAGAGGCCGAUCUGCAAAAGCCCUUGAAGGCGAUGGAAGAUCACCUUCUCAAGAAAAAUGUUGCUCGGGAGGCAGCCGUGCGUCUUUGUGAAGGUGUUGAGCGCGAACUCGUCGGCAAGAAGACUGCAAACUUCCAGAGCGUUGAUGCUGCGCUGCGCAUCGCAAUGGAGGCAUCUUUGCGCAAGAUUCUGACACCAACUUCGUCACUUGAUCUUCUUCGUGAAAUCAAUGCGGUGACCGCACCUACUACGAAGCAACAGGCCCCGCGUCCGUACGUCAUGUCUAUAGUUGGCGUCAACGGAGUUGGAAAGUCCACCAACUUGAGCAAAAUCUGCUUUUUCUUGUUGCAAAACAACUACCGUGUUCUCAUUGCUGCUUGCGAUACAUUUCGCUCGGGUGCGGUUGAGCAAUUGCGCGUUCAUGCCCGCAACCUCAAGGAGCUCAGUGCGCGCGAGAAUGUUGGAGAGGUUGAGCUCUACGAGAAGGGCUAUGGGAAGGACGCGGCCAACGUUGCAAAGGAUGCAGUUGCGUAUGGUGCGGCCAACAAGUUCGACGUUGUGCUGAUCGAUACCGCGGGCCGCCGCCACAAUGAUCAACGCCUCAUGUCUUCCUUGGAGAAGUUUGCCAAGUUCGCUCAACCAGACAAGAUCUUUAUGGUCGGGGAGGCCUUGGUAGGAACCGACAGUGUCAUGCAGGCCCGCAAUUUCAACCAGGCCUUUGGCAGUGGACGCAAUUUGGACGGAUUCAUUAUCAGCAAGUGUGACACCGUCGGUGACAUGGUCGGCACAUUGGUGAGCAUGGUUCAUGCUACCGGUAUCCCCAUUGUCUUCCUGGGAGUCGGGCAGCACUAUGGUGAUCUGCGAGGAUUGAGUGUCCCUUGGGCUGUGAAUCUCCUGAUGAAAUGA